AUGGGCGGUAUAUUCCGUGAUGCACCUCCAUCCAACACCUGCGAACCCUUCAUCCCACCAGACGACCAAGUCGAUCAAGUAUGUUUCGUCAAUAUGACAUGCGCGACUUACAUUUGCGAUUAUUGGCAUGCCGGUAUCGCCCGUAGGAACAUCACCUUAGAUCAUGAUGGUCAUUAUGCGGAGAGACAAUUCUGUUAUGUUCCUAACGGGACGCUUGCGGAUGAACGGUUUGACGAAGCGAAAAGAGAAGCUGGAGAGGAGGUAUGUCCAGGGAAUAUGACUACCUUCUAUAAGAAUUCUUCGGCAACGUCGCGACUGCGAUGUGGAAUUGAGUGGGAAUAUGGGGAAGAACAUGGGUGGAAAAGCAGGUUGUGCCUUUUGGGUAUGGCUUGGAUGAUGGGUGUGGGAGUGAAAUUGGUCGUUGAUGGAAUGGGUUGGGGAGAUCUGUAA